AGGAACCAAAAAUAAUUAUGUAGAACAAGGUACGAUGACAAGCAAAUGACAACUUUUCAGAAUUUGUCACUAAGAAAUCAUGCUUGGAGGGAAAAGUUACGAGCAAUGUGUUUAAAUAUAUUUUUGCUGGGUUGGUCCUUUCCUCCUGGUUUGGAAUUGAUCAGAAUAGAAAUGAAUCUUUAAUUUGGUCAGGCCUCUUGAAGUGUGUUUAAAACGUAGACAGAGGGGUAGUCUCACUGAAUACAGUGUUUGGCUGUGACGGUUCUGGCCGAGAGCCUUUUGUUAGUAUGCAGCACGGCCCUGUUUGAUGGCUGAUCUGUACUUUUAAUACCUGGCAUCCUGCUAGCAACAUACUGUAGUGUAUAAUUCUGCCCUGAGUGCUUACGUUGGAACAGGCUUGGAGCAGUGGGGGUGGCGAGGGACGGAAAGCUGGGACUCGUAGUUCACAGCUUGGGCUGUGUAGCAGGUCAAAUAGCAUUUAAGGACUCUACAUCCCAGAGUGCCUUGCCCUUGGCCAUACAGAAAAGGGAACAGCUGCCAGCCUAUCCCAGCAAGGAGGUGUGGUGAGUGAGCGGCUGUCAAGCCAAUCACAGACGAGGAAGAUAUGCAAGAGCAGUGGACUGAAAAUAGAGGGGGGGAGUAGGUGUCUGCUUGUGUGGAAUCAGGCAAGGGCUUGCCUGUAUGACUAGGGCCACUCAGAAGUUUCCUGUCUGCAAAAGCUCCAGUACUGAGGCAGCAGGCAGGGCCCUACCCAGACACGGAGACAGGAGAGCCGCAGGGCCUGGGGAAGGGACACGUGCUUCUGCCCAGCUGACAGGCAGACGGACAGACGGCAGGACGGACACGCGGGCGGCGGCUGUGAUUGGCGGCUCUGCGGCAGGCUGGUGGAAGAUGUCGUUGGGAGCCGGCGGAAGGGGCGGGCGGCGGCUCAGGGGCACUGGGGGUGGAGGAGGAGGGAGAGAGGUGGCGGAGGAGGGCCUGGUGGGCAUCCCCUUCCCCGAGCACAGCGCAGACAUCCUGGGCAGCCUGAACAAGCAGCGCCUCAGCGGCCUACUGUGUGACGUGCUCCUGGUCAACCAGGAGAAGGAGUUCCCCGCCCACCGCUCGGUCCUGGCCUCCUGCAGCCCCUACUUCUACAAGCUGUUCACCUCUGGUCCAACUGCCGACCAGCAGCACGUCUACUCCAUCGACUUUGUGGCGGCCGAGGCCCUAGGCGCCUUGCUGGACUUUGCCUACACAGCCACGCUGACCGUCAGCCACAGCUCCGUGGGAGACAUCCUGGCCGCUGCCCACCUGCUGGAGAUCUCGCCCGUCCAGGAAGUCUGCACUCACCUGCUGGACACCAAAGUGCUCUCCCCGCCGGCGGGCAGUGAGCGAGGAGAAGAAGAGGAUGAUGAUGAGGAGGAGGGGAAAGGUGGAGGAGGAGAGGUGGAGCAGGGGAAUCGGCUGCGGGCCCAGGAGUAUCUACAGUACUUCCAGAGAGGGGCCCACUGGAGCAGCAGCUGCAGCACGCCAGAGCUCAGGGACAUGCCCACAAACCUGCACUUUAAUCAUGGCAAUGGGGCCCAAAGCAACGGGGCCCCCGGGGGCCCCAGAGAGUACUACUCUCCCCUGGACCUCGCCCUGACCCAGGCCCCCACACAAGACGCUGAAGAUGAAGAGGAUGAGGAUGAGGAGGACGAAGGGGAAGUGGAGCACUCUGAAAGUGGCAGGGACAUGCUGGCCUGGGCCAGGGGUAACGGAGGGGGGCCAGGGGCCUCUUUCUACGUCCCAGCCCAGAACGGACAUUUUUACCUCCCAACGAAGCCCAAACUGGAGAUGGAGGAAGAGGGGGAGGAAGAGGGGGGGCGGGAUGGAGAGAGGGGCUCGGCCAGCGCCCUCCUGCAGAAGAUGAUGGACUCCAUCGAGAGGCAGAAGGAGCGGGCCGCGGCUGGGGAGGAGCUGGGGGAGGGAGAGGACCCGGACGUGGAGUUUUACUUGAAUUACUUUAACAGCACGCAGCACGAAGAUGCCGCUGCCGCCGUCUCACAGGGACUGCUGCCCCUCUGGACGGCACGGGGCGGCUCUAGCCGAGAGAGAGAGAGGGGGGGGGGAGAGAGGGGAGGAAAGGGAGGAGAAGAGAGAGGGGGCGGAGGGGAGAGGAAGAUGCGCUCCAAGGCCUUCCAGAAGUGCCCCAUCUGCUCCAAGGUCAUCCAGGGUGCAGGCAAGCUACCCCGCCACAUCCGCACGCACACGGGAGAGAAGCCCUAUGAGUGCGCCAUCUGCAAAGUGCGCUUCACCAGGCAGGACAAGCUCAAGGUUCACAUGCGUAAGCAUACGGGAGAGAAGCCUUACCUGUGUACGCAGUGCGGUGCUGCGUUCGCCCACAACUACGACCUGAAGAACCACAUGCGCGUGCACACAGGCCUGCGGCCCUACCAGUGCUCCAGCUGCUUUAAGACUUUUGUGCGUUCAGACCACCUGCACCGCCACCUCAAGAAGGACGGCUGCAACGGCAUCCCCUCCCGCCGCGGCCGCAAGCCUCGUGUGCGGGACCCCGGGCUCCUGGAGGUCCCGGUGGGGCUGGCGGGCCCCGGCCCUCGGAGUGGCAGGGGGAGACGGCGCAUGGAGGCGGCUUCAGCUGCGGCGGUGGAGGGGGCCUCCAGGGCCCAUGCACACAGUCCUCAGCCCCAGGAGAUGGCAGGGGAGCCGGGGGACUGAGACAGGGAGGGACGCUGGACGCCAUAUUCAUACUGGGACCCUGAGGGGCUGCCACCGAAACCAAGGGAGAAAAGAACACGCUAUGAACAACGGCAAACAAAAUAAACACAACAACUAACUAUUCCUCUAUAUACCAAAUCAGGGUGUCACCAAUCUAAUAUUUUCCGUUUAUUUUAUCCCUUUGCUUUAGGAAACAGAGUAGACACACACACGAGUCAGCGUUCUGUUAAAGAGCAAAGAACGCUUCAAAUCACACCUCCAUGAUGUCUCCUUUCUGGGUCAUUUCUGCCUCAUCUGGGUUUCUGUACAUUUGGCAAAAGUGCUUAAGCUUAUGUAUAACCAAACAACAGACAAACCUGAGAAACUAUGCAGUUAAAAUAGAUUCUAUUGGUUUGGACUUCAUAGCCUUCAAACUUUGAGGUGUCCCACAUCUAUUGGCUGCUGCAUUGGUGAACGGAGUGUGAUCUCUCAUAUUCAGAUGGAAAGCAACCGAUCUUUUUCUAUUCUUUUGCAUUUCUACAAUGUACAGUUACUAUAGAAAUAGUAGUAUUGUCAGAAUAUGACAAUAUAUGCAAGAUUAACUCAACCACACCUCUGAUGCAGAAAUAAUCAUUGUUUUCAAAUGCUCCAGAAAGAAUCAGACAAGGAUUUGAUUUAAGUGUCACUUACUCUUUAAAAUAUAUUUUUUAAAUCUAUGGUUCAUCUUUUUAAAAUGUUAAAUGUCGAGUUGAAUCCACGUUUGGGGGGGCUCUUCCAUUGCAGGGGUAAGGACCGCAAGAGCAGGGGGUGUGUUUCUAAAGCACUACUAUGGUCAUGUUGCCAGGUGACCACGUCGUUGACCACCAAUCACAACCCUGACAUUUCAGCCUUUCUAUUUUCUUUUUGAUUUGUCUUCAUUUUUUCCCGUUUGUUUGUUUCUUGUUUGAGUUGACUGCUUUGGGUACUUGACACUUUACAUUUGUAUACAUGUAGAUACGUUAGGCGGUGAUUAUAUUGGUCCCUUUUUAAUGCUGAGAUAUAUUAGCCUACCAAUUGGGGUUUCCUUCAGCUUGAUGUCAGAUUUCUCACAGAGUGAAGCUUGUGGGUGAAAGAGAAAAGAAACUGUAUGAAUGUUAGAGUAUAUUGAAUUGAGAAACCCAUUGGUCCUAAACUUAACACUUGAUUGAGAUGUAUAGAGUUGCUGCCCAAAGAAAGAAGAGUUACUAGCUAUGUGCUUAACUUUGUGCAGUUCUGACAGAAUCUUCCCUGGCGUGAGGAGAGAGGGCAGUGUCUAACCAGCAGCAGGUUGAAAGAGACCAAAAGCAGGGAUAGACAGAGAUGAGAUGAGCACCUUUUUUAUACGUUUGCACAGCUUUACUAAAGAUAUCCCAACAGGGAGAUGUAUAUUUAAAGGGGGUCGUCAGGGAAAGGAGGUGUGUAAUAGUGCGUAUUCCAAUCUUUUUUUUGUCCUGGGGACCACGAAAACCGCGAGGCAACCUGUGUGGUGAAGAGAGCAAUAAAUACCUGUCCAAGUUGGAAGGCCAAAUAAGUGCGCAGCUGGGUGU